CAUGAGGGUAACCCGCAGAUUUUAAAGUUGGUCUAGUGAACCACUCGAGUUUCUCUUCACUUUUGAAUCGAUCACAGCAAAGCGAGGAUGAGCUCCUUAAUCGUUCUAUUUUCAAUCGUCAUUCUUUGCGGUAGAGGAGUGAAUUGCGAUGACGUCACGAAGGCGCUCAAACCCGAAAGUACGAUGAUUUUAAAGAAUAAUGACAGUAAUUCGUUGGCAAAGGAAAUAUCAUGGUCAAGUCUGAUAUCGAAACGAUUGGAAUCAAUGAAUAUCAAAAAUACGGAAAAGCAUGAAAACGAUAAAAUAAAUACUAUGGAAAUGUUUAACAAGCGGAAGUCGAAAUUCUUAGGAAGUUUAGCUUUUCUAGCCGGACUUGGUUUUGGUGGACUUGCUGGUGCUGCUUCAUCAACUGUGAAAGCCUAUGCAAAGCUUCCUCAAGCCUCAAUAGCCAUGAAUUUUGUUCCUUCGAAACAAGGGCCUUAUUUAGCCGCUUAUUACGAUCCUUAUCCUUUUGUACCUCAUCCUUAUCUAUACCAUACUCCUUUGGGAUUCUAUCCUUUUCUUGAUCCUUUGAAAUUACAAUCUCUUAUUAGUGGAUCGUCUCAACAAAAUGGGGCCGAUCGUCCGGAUCAAAUAAUUGCUGUGCUCGGCGACAAGCGACCAUCUGAUUCUGAUGAUAGCGAGGAGGAGGAAUAUAUAGUGGAAAAAAAGAAAACAGAUAAAUCAAAAUCUUCAAGUCGUCUCGAAAAUCGCGUCGGAAGUGCGGAAUCUCUUAUUAGUAGCAGUGUCAAUAGAAGAACAGAAGGAGAGAUGACGAACAAAAUUGUUACGUGUGAAACACAAAAGAAAUCCGAGGAAAAAGCACAUAAUGUAUCAAACGAGGAUACUACGGUGUACGAUUUCGAAGAUCUUCAAGAAGAUGCCGAUAAUUCGAGAGCGACCACAAACAGAAGAAAAACUAAAGUCAACAAUUCAACGACUUCCAGGCCAAACAGUGAUAUUACUACAAUAUCUGAUUCUACAUCUCAAUCUACCACUAUCAACGUAACCAUAACAAAUUCAACGAUGAAAAGUAAUACAACAUUUUCGCCAUUUUUGGGUUAUUACGAUGGUAAUCCACAAAACAUAGAUAAUAUUGAUCUCACUUCUGAUAUGCUACCACCCGUUUAUCAAGAACAUAAUCCAAUCAAUUAUCAUUUACCUUACGAAAGACCUGCCAAUUUUUAUCCCGAUGAAAGAUACAAUUUUUAUUCGAAUUCCUUUCCAAAUUCAUAUCCUUCUGGGCCAUUUUUCUCCGAACAUCUAUCAGAUUAUUCGAGUAACGAUUUCGAUCGAUAUGUAUACCCAUCUGAUAAUAAUUCUCCGCCAUAUGUCAAUCAGUUUAAAUCUCUAAAAUAUAAUUAAUUUCAUCUAUAUAUGUAUAUAUAUACAUACAUACACAGAUCUAGCAGAAUGUUCAUCUUAUCAUUGAGAAUAUUAUACCGCCGAAUGAAUGUUCAGUUUUAGUUUUUAAAAAACAUGGUUAUGCAGAAUAGAUUUGUAGAACACAUUUUUCAUUUUCCCUAUAUUUAAGUAAAUAUAUAGAUUUUUAUUUUUAGAUCUACUUAU